AUGGCUGCUGCACCAUCCCGUCCGUUCGAUUUCCUGGAGGGCUUGCCUGGGACGGUUUUCUACAAGCUGUACCAGCAGCCAUCCACGGCCCUCGCCAUUUUCAGGCGCAUGCUACCGGAUCUGGCAAAAUGUUUUGUGAUGGCAUUACUAUAUCUCAAGGAACCCCUUCCUGCGACGGACCUGGAGGAUUGGGUCAGAUCGGAGAGUUUGAGGGAACGAGAUAACGCGCUAUCGAUACUGGGAAGAUUGCACAUUUUAUCAAACACCACGACAUCGAAUAAUGUCCGCGCUUACAUGGUCACGAACCCGUUCGCCGCCUCCCUCCGCCAGGCUCUCAUGGGAACCGAACAAACACAAUCAUUUGGUGUUCUUUCACAAUUAGGUGAUGAAACAGCGGUUACUAUUCCCAAUCUGGACGAAUAUGCGGGACGACAGUGGGAAGGUGUGCUAGGAUACAUGGUGGGAACCAGUGGGCUAGGUAUCCAGCGCGACGUCAAUCUGAGCAAGGGUGUCAAACAACUUCUCCAGGCGGGGCACCUCGUCGAAAUUAGGGACCGUCGGGUCGAGAUAACAAAAGAUGGAUUCGCAUUCGUCCUGCAGGAUGUCGGUACGCAAGUCUGGCAUAUUCUGAUUCUCUACGUUGAAAGCGCAGAGCAUAUCGGGAUGGACAGUGUUGAGGUCCUUUCUUUCAUCUUCCUUCUGAGUAGUUUGGAAUUGGGCAAGUCAUACCAGAAGAAGGAUUUGACUUCGACUCAAAUCCGUACUCUGACUGAUCUGACCGACUUUGGUAUCGUAUACCAAGAAAAUCCCGAAGCCACUCGGUUCUACCCAACCCGUCUCGCCACAACGCUCACAUCCGACUCUAGCGCACUCAGCAACUCCAUUUCAGGCUCACUUAUGGGGACAGACACAUCGACCGAAGCCGGCUCGGGGUUCAUCAUCGUCGAAACCAACUAUCGCAUAUACGCAUACACAUCAUCACCCCUCCAAAUCUCCCUAAUCGCCCUAUUCUCCACCCUAAAAUACCGUUUCCCAAACCUAAUCACCGGCAAAAUCACCCGACAGUCCAUUCGUCGCGCCGUCGAAAUGGGUAUCACUGCAGACCAGAUCAUCUCGUACAUAUCCACGCACGCACACCCGCAAAUGCGCAAACACAACAUCGCCAAAACCACAAACCCGCAAGCUGGAGUCCCGCCGUCAGUUCUCCCGCCUACCGUGGUCGACCAAAUCCGGCUCUGGCAACUUGAGCGGGAUCGUGUCAAGGCGACGGCUGGCUUCCUGUUCAAGGAUUUUGUCAGCUUUGCGGAAUACGAAGCACCGUGUCGAUAUGCGGAGGAUAUUGGGGUUCUUACGUGGAAGUCUGAUCGGAAACGGAUGUUCUUUGUGACGAGGCAUGAGCAGGUGGCUGCGUUUUUGAGGAGUAGGAAGUGA